GCCACCCGCGCUUUCCCAACCCCCUUCUCCGUUUCGUCGCGAGGCCAAACCACCGUCCCGAGAUGGCGCCUCCUUCGUCCUCCUCGACCUCGUCCGCGCCGCCGCCCUCGUCAUGGGUCAUCCUCGGCAGCAUCCCGCGCGUCUCCGGCCCGGCGGACGAGGGCGACGAAGUCUCCGUCGCGCUCACGGCGCCGCCGCGCGUCUCGAUCCUCACCGUCUCCCCGCGCGUCUUCCCGGAGCCCGCCACGCCCCAUCACUUCCCCUUCGUCCUCGCCGCGGACCCAUCCUCCGGCCUGCUCCUCCUCCAGGCAAACCUGGGCUGCCCGGCGACCCGCGAAGUCGUCGACCGCCCCAACAACCAGUCCGUCACCUGGAGACUUUCCACCUCGCGCUACUUCGUUCUCGACGCCGCCGCCGGCUCGGCGUUCCACCUCCCCGAUCCCGAGCCCGCCCAUACCAUCCUGCACCAGGCCAUGCUCGGCCUUCUCGCCUCCCCUGCGGGCGACGGCCACUACAUGGUCGCGGAGCUCCAGCCCAUCAUCGGCAGCGACAAAGCCGAGCUCCUCUGCUUCUCCACAGAGGUCGGGGAGUGGGUGGAGAAACCCGUGCAUUACCUGCUCCCGCCGCGCCCGCUGGCUCCCAUCUGCGUGGUCUCGCACCACGGGAGGCUCUGGUGGGUCGACCUCUCAUGGGGCGUCAUCCACUGCGAUCCCUUCGCCGUCAAGCCGGUCCUGGGCUUCGUCCCGUUCCCGCCGGGCAGGGUGCUGGAGUGCAGGGAAGCUUGGGGCGUCACCGACAAGUACCGCUACGUGGGGGUGAGCGGCGGCAAGCUGCGGUUCGUGGACACGUACGUGAGCCAGCGUGCUCGCGGCGGCGCUCCGACGGUUAGCGUGUGGACGCUGGCCGAUCCAGACUCCACGGAGUGGACGCUGGAGCACGAGGCGACGUUUGCGGACAUCUGGGCCGACAAGAGCUACAAAGCAACCAGGCUCCCCAAGAAGAUCCCUGUGCUUGCACUCAUCCAUCCCAAGAACCCAUGCGUUGUGUACUUCUUCCUGGAGAAGCAGCUCUUCGGCGUUGACGUGCGUGCACACAAGAUUGUGGAGUGCAAGGUUUACGGGCUGGUUGCGCCGCCGAGCUGCUACAUCGCCAACCGCUUCGUUCGCGCCUGGGAGCUGCCCCAGACGCUCCCCUCAGGGAUGUUGAACUGGUGUAAGGGCAUCAACUUGGCUGAGAAAGCUAAAGGACGACCAACCCAACCUCCAUCGCCAGGAGAUUACCACUUGGUGGGACAUACAAGGCAGACAUUCGUAGGAUGAAUUGGUGGAGGAACAUGAAGCAAGUGUUUACGGCUAACAGUUUCCUAGUCCUAGGUGUUUUAGUACUCCAUGAGAUAUGUCCCGUGGUGGUGGUGGUGACGUUCAUACUUUGGCAUGUUCGCGCGAAGUAGCGUUGCUUGUGUCCUUUUUUGGGUCUAUCACAAUUCAGUAUCAGGUGGUGAAAUGCUCUUGGAACACUACCUACCCGUCACUGAGCUGUAUCUCCUCAUGGACGGUGUGCUGAGUUGGUUUGUUGGUGUUUCAGUAAUUCAGUUACAACCUUAA